CAACUUCCUGUCUACUCUUGCGAGGCUGGCCAUUCAAAAACAUCUAAUAUGGCGGACUCCAAGAGGCUGAAGCCUCGAGGAAACCGUGGAAGAGGUCGUCGACCAGACGAGAAUGGCCAAAGAUCCAAGCUCGUGCAAACCCAGAGCUCCAAAGGGGAUUCACUCGGCCAGAAACUCGCAGCAGUAGGCAUCGAUAAUGACUCUACCAAUACAGCCAACGGUCUGCCCUCCAAUCGGGGUAAUCAUCAUCGCGGAUCGCGAGGCGCCAGACGGGCAACAGCGCCUCGUGGUCGGGGGUCCCAUCGAGAAAACAAAGGGAAUCACAUGUCCAGGGCCACACCGCAAUCUUCCUUACCAUUCAGAAACGGGUCUACGAAGCCAGAAACUACCAAGUUAUCGCCAGGUCAAGUGCAAGAUAUCCUCGAGACGACCCUUUCAGAAAUAGCUUGCUCUGAUUCGUCGAGGGUCUCUGUUGUCAAUAAUUGGGCUACUGAGGCUGGCCUUGCAAGUGUCCGAGAAAUAGUGGAAACAGACUUCGCCCGAUCUUAUAGCGUCACACGACUGAUGUUCGACCCUCAUUGCAUCCUCUUUCUUCGUCUAAUAUCCUAUAUCUCGCGUGAGGAUAUACAAAGCUCACUCGUUCUCGAGAAGUCAGUGGGAACUAUCUAUAAUGUCAUCUACGGGCCGCAUGGGAACAGGGGAGUCGCAUUCUUUCGCAGGGUGGUGGGUAGCCUGACACACCUACAGAACGAAGGGGGAGACGUUGGUUCAAAUGAUGAAAUCCAAUACGGAGAAGUGUUGCUCCACGUAACAGAGGCAAUACUAAGCACCUUAUUACAAGUCCAGGAGGCUACGUUCAAGUCUGAGUUCAAAGAAGUCGUCGAAACGCUCUGGAGCUGCUUCUCUGUCGACGACGCGGAUCAUCGCCCGAAGCGUCUUAUCACACGCCUAGCCAGAGAAAACCUGUUAAAGGUCCAAGACAUAUUCGGCACUGGGGAUGGUAUUACUGCCAACGUACAGAAGGUGCGCGGAGGUAAAACAAAAGCGAAGCAGUCCCAGCCUGCAGUCGCGGUUGACUUUCCUGGAGAGCUUUCGCAGUCUGGUAUCAGGCAUGAUAAUGACCAUGCAGCCAUUUCUAAUAUCAAAAUCUUGCCAACACUGUCUGAAAUUUGGUACAGCCGGCGACUUGACUUCCUCCCCACUAGGGAUGCCCUGUACUCUCCAGACCGGCACCACGAGAAGGGUAUUCGCCGUCUCCUCGAUUCUCAUUUUCGUCUUCUCCGGGAGGAUACAUCGGGAGUACUCCGGGACUCUCUCCGCGUUAUCCUUGAAAAUUGGGAGACACUUGUUCAUGGAACUAGGUGGCAAGACAAGAGAAAAAUAUUGCGUACCCAUAGUCCCACUCCUGUUCGUAUCUACUACGGCGCCCAGAUCCGGAAGGUCAAUCCAGACCGUAUCAAAGGGAUGGAAAUUGAUGUAGAAUUUGAUCAGGUGCCAAGGGCAAGGAACAUGAGUGUUUGGAAAAGGAAACACCACUGGCGUGACACUCGUGGGCUAAACGAAGGCGGAGCAUUGUUGGCACUUAUUGAUGCGGAGGCCAAGGAGGACAUAAGCGUGAUAUUUUUCCAGGUCUCCAAGAGAAACAUUGACCCUGUAACAGACGAAAAUUACAAGGACAUUGUUCGUGACUUGGUGAGCAGCGGGAAAAGGGCCAUGAUCACACUCCGCCUCACGAGCCCACCUUCCAGUGAUGACUUGGAUGGCAUCAUUCAUCUAGCAAAUAACCAGUUCUCUUCCUCAGCCCGAUCUUUUAUACUUGUUGAAUUUCCCGCACUGUUGUAUAAUGCCUUUGAGGGUAUUUUACGGUGUCUGCAGACUCUGUACAGGGACCCUCGAUACAUCCCAUUGACUGAAUGGAUAGCACCCCAAGACAGAUACCCGCGGGAAUAUAGGACAUCAUACGGGUACAAGACUUUUCCUGUCUGCUCACCGGCUUAUCUUGAAGAUGUGACGUUGGAUCUUUCAUCUGUUUUGAUGAAUGAAGAGGACGAAAAAGCCACGCCACUUACGUUCUCAGUUGGACGAGACUUCAACGUCAUGUGCGAGCAACUAUCCAAAAAAACAACAUUAGAUAUGGGCCAGGCGCGGGCAAUGGUUUUAGCGUUCAAAAAUCAUCUGGCGCUCAUUCAAGGUCCUCCGGGAACAGGCAAAUCAUACGUAGGUAUUCAGAUCGCAAAGUGCCUCCUGGCCAACCAAACUCGGCUACAACUGGGACCUAUCUUGUGUGUUUGUUACACAAAUCAUGCACUUGAUCAGUUUCUACAAGGGCUUUAUGAUUCGGGAAUAUCGAGAAUCGUCCGCAUUGGGUCUCGUAGCGCCUCACCGUUGUUGGAAUCACUCUCGCUUGAAAAUUAUAAAAAGCUCAAAAAGAUCCCUCGUAUCCCGGGGCACGGGAGAUGGAUUAGCGGACAGCAAAAGCGGUUGGAUGACUUGGCUGUCAAAAUCGGCGAUAUUUGUAAGAGACUCCAAAGCGGGACUGAUGGGAUUGUGGGGCCAUUUCUCAAAAAGCGAUUUCCCAUGCAGGAGGCGCAGAUCACUAAGGGAGUGAUGAUCGGGGAUGGGGAGCCUUUGGCUACCUGGGCUCGUGGGAGCGCUCCGGGUGACAUUAAUGGGAACGGGGACGAGCGCACCAUCGAGCAGCUUCUCUCUGUAAACAAAUGGACGCUAACGAAUGAGGAGCGCAUGCGCUUGCUCGAAUACUGGCAUGAGUCUGCCAUCGAAGGACUGUCGUUCGAGCUCCAGAACCUGAUGCAACAGCACGCUUUAGAGAAGCGACAGCUCACUUCCCUCUUCAAUCAAGCAGACGCCCAGAUAUUCGAUCAAGUGGACGUUGUUGGGAUUACAACCACUGGUCUGGCAAACAACGCCGAUCUUCUGCGUGGCCUUCGUGCAAAGGUGCUGGUUUGCGAAGAGGCCGGUGAAGUGCUCGAAUCACACAUCCUUACGACUUUCUUGCCUUCUGUCCAACAUGCAAUUUUGAUCGGAGAUCAUCUACAGCUGCGUCCAAAGAUCUCAACACAAAGGCUUUCCGCCGAGUAUGACUCCGAUGGGCCUAAAUACAACCUCGACGAAUCUCUUUUUGAGCGGCUGGCGAACUUUCGUCCUCCGAACCACCACAUAUCGAUCGGAGAAGGCGAAGACGCUGAUGACCCUAUCCGAUUUCCCGUAGCACAGCUGGACCAUCAGCGGAGAAUGGACCCUUCGAUUGCUUCUCUUGUUCGUGGGACCCUGUACCCCAAUUUAUGCGACCACCCCAGAACGCACUUAUACGACGGGAUCUCCGGCUUCAAACGCAGAUUAUUCUGGCUUGACCACCGCAAUACAGAAGACCCAGAUGAUCCAGAGGACCCGAUGCGAAGCAAGACAAACACGUGGGAGGCAGAAAUGGUGAUCUCCGUGGUGAAGCACCUGUGUAAGCAGGAAUACUAUAAGCCGGGAGAAAUUGCCAUUCUGACGCCUUACAUCGGGCAACUGAGACUACUGAGGGAUCAACUGGAGGGUAUAGUCGACCUGGUUAUUGCAGAGCAAGAUCUGGCCGAUCUGGAUGAAUCUGAAGCAGAGGAAGAUGCGAAUGGCAGCAACAACCACAACCGACGAACUGUUGGGAAAGGCAAAUUGUCGGACCAAGUGAGGAUCGCUACUGUGGACAACUUUCAGGGUGACGAGGCAACCGUUGUUAUAGUAUCCCUCGUGCGGAGUAAUAAGUAUCGGAACUGCGGCUUCCUAAAGACUUCAAACAGAAUCAACGUUUUGCUGAGCCGUGCAAAACAUGGCAUGUAUAUCAUCGGAAAUGCUGAUACAGCGUCAUGUGUUCCAAUGUGGUCGUCAGUUAUCAGAAUGUUAGAAGACGACGGCAACAUCGGGCCCAAGCUGCAGCUCGAAUGCUCACGACACCCCCAAAGUAGGAUCCAUGUUUCAACCCCUGAGGAUUUUCUAGAACAAGCCCCGGAAGGCGGAUGUGCAGAGCGAUGCGAACGGAGGUUGCCCUGUGGUCACACCUGUACGUUCAAGUGCCAUUCCAACACACGGCAUGACGCGGUCAAGUGCAUGAAGCCGUGUACGAGGAUGAAGAAGUGCGGUCACUCGUGCCCACAAAGAUGCCAUGAGAGGUGUGGCGAGUGCAUCGAGAAAAUCACCAAUGUCCCUCUUUCCUGCGGACAUACAACCACGAUUGAAUGUCGAGAUAGGGAUAGAAUCACCUCGGUCAAAUGCGCGCAAGUUGUGGUGAAGAGGUUGCCUGGAUGUGGCCAUGAUACCCGAGUCAAGUGCCACGAAGACAUUUCAAAGAAGAGGUGCUUCAACCCGUGCCAACAACUACUGGACUGUGGACACACCUGUCAGAGACCAUGCUGGGAGUGUUGGAAAUCAAAAGGCGAGCACGCUCAAAAUCACCGCGCCUCGUGUACUACGGUGUGCGGAAGACCUUUCAGCACCUGCUCUCACAAUUGCACUCGACCCUGCCACCCAUCCACUCCCUGCUCUCCUUGCGACCAGCCCUGCGAGGUCCGCUGUCGACACAACAAAUGUCCUAAGAAAUGCAGCGACCCGUGUGCCCCUUGCGCCGAGAAGUGCGGGUGGAGCUGCAGUCAUCGCCAGAAACACCCUUGCAACAUGCCAUGCGCAGUUCCGUGCGACAUAAUCCCCUGUGACAAGCGUUGUGACAAGAUGCUGAACUGCGGGCACCGCUGUCCGAGUAUCUGCGGCGAGAAAUGCCCUGAUCGAAAGUUCUGCCAGACAUGUGGUAAUGCGGAUGUGCUUGAACGGAGUGUCGAUCUAAUUACGUUCAACAAAUACGGAAAAAUCAACGUCGACGAAGACCCAUGUGUGUUCCUUUCCUGUGGACACUUUUAUACAGUUUCCAGCCUCGACGGAAUUAUGGAAAUCAAGGAAUACUACAACGUCGACUCUGCAACCGACACCACCAUCAGCCCUAGAUCGGCACGGCGAGUAGUAAGCAGCGACGCCAAACUUCGCGGAUGUCCAGAGUGUCGUCUACCACUUCGAGACAUCCACCGCUACAACCGAAUCGUGAAAAAGGCGUUGCUCGACGAGUCAACUAAGCGGUUUAUCAUAACGGCAAGCUUGAACUACAAAAAGCUCGUCGACGCAGUUUUAAGGCGUGAAAUGGAGCUAGAAAGCGCGAGAACAGAUUCCCUGCUCCUCUAUUCAACGACAACAGGACAACCCGGAGGCUCCACUGUUGUAGGAUCCACCAAGCCGUUCGGCAAAAAGGAAAAACUGCAAAAGAGCAUCGACAAAUUCACCAAGUCCAUGACCGCUGCAGAGCAACCCUAUGGGAAGGUAAAUGAUUUGCUCGCGUCUGCAGCUUCUCGGGAGGAUACUGUGAAAAGCGAUGUCUUCCAGAUCGAUGAAUCCAAAAUCCAAACUGGAUUCCAAAUCCGCGGACAGAUUCUUCAGCUUCGACUCACAUGGGCCAUACUAUGGGACUACAGGAUGGUAUCCACUGACCUCCGCAUUGACUCAAAGCUGCGUUCUGAGCUAUGCGAUGCGGUAGCAAAUCAACUCAAAGGACUUAUCCGCAACUGCCGGUCCAUCAGAGAUAGCAGCAAGACUGCAAAGCUCUUGGCACAAGAGGUGGAAGCAAUGGUAUACUACGCACUAUUCUCAUUGCUAUCCCUGAGUACCUCCGAAGCAAAAGGACAACAGCUAAGCAUGGAUGCCGUCAACGAGCUUCGCAAUCAGGCAUCUACUACAUUGCAAGAAUGUGAAACUCUAUGCUCCGACAAUCCGGGGACACUGGGCUUUUUAAAGGAUGAUAUCGAAAAGGCAAAGGGGUUGUUGAAUGGUGCGACGUUCUACAGUUUCGUAUCGACGGAGGAGAAGAAGCAGGUCUAUGAUGCCAUGGCGAGUCAGUUCUUGGGGACUGGACAUUGGUAUUACUGCCGGAAUAGUCAUCCUUUUACCGUGGGCGAAUGUGGAAUGCCGAUGGAAGAAGCUCGGUGUCCGCAAUGUGGAGAGCCAGUUGGAGGACUUGGCCACACUCCUUCCGCGGGAGUCACCGGUGCUGUGGAUUUUGAGAGAGAGUUUGGUGGUGGCUAUUGAUUUGCUUCGUUUUGCCCAUUGUCCAGAGGCCAUUUUCCGGAGGAGACGCGGCUCUGAUUCAGUUCAUGGUAUGAGACUCGAUGAGAUAUCAGAGGACCGGUCUACCUCCAUAAAUCUAGAUUAAUGCAAUGGGUCAGAAAGAAAAUAAGAUGAAACAGUGAACGAAGUAUUCACAGAUCACAAAUAGGAGCUUGAUAUAGUUAAGCGAGUACUAUUUCUAGAACUGUGUAUAUAUCCGUUUGUACUCAACAGAAUGCCUGCUCUUCUUGCUGCUAUAUGGAACAUUCUA